AGUCACGGAACCCCGGACACGUGACAGAAUUCUAAAAUAAACCAUAAAAAGCAUUGAAUUCUGUUAUGUUCUGGGAAUAACGUUGCGUUGACUUUACGUGGAAACCGAUGAAAUGUGCUGUUCGCUUUUCUUUGUCAGUCACUGAAUGCUGAGAACGCCACGUGUGGCCCGGGACAACACGGGAUUUGCAUUCACCAGUUGACGGGAUCGGCGCCCUUACAUAAAGACAUCCUGAAGCCUGUACCUGACCUGGACCUGGUCCUCAAGUUCGACAUGCGCUAUUACACUUCCGCUGAACUAUUCAGCUCCGGAACCUACGACAGAUUUCAGCAACCUGCUCGCAAGGAACGACGUCUGGCGGGCGAAAUUAACAACAUUUCAAGCAUCCUUCCAUCAGCACCGAUCCUCAGCCAACUGGAGGAUAUUCCCACUGAAGAGUUAUGUCCAUUCACGUCUGAUGGAGCUCCGUAUUGCAACAGAAAGAACUGCCACUGUUUGCACUUGAGGUACAUUCCGCUAGGGGCGGUAGUCCAGAUCGUUCUCCGAGAUCAGUCUGUACAUGGAAGCGUGAACCACGCGUUCCAUUUACACGGUUAUUCGUUCGCCGUUCUGGCUAUGGGAAUCUUCCAGAAUGGAUCGAAUUUGGAUACUGUGUUGGAGGAAUUUCGGGCCCGCAAUUUUAGUCAGUCCCACAUCCCGCCAGUUGUGGACACACUCGGAGUGCCCAGUCAGGGAUACGCCAUUCUUAGGUUCAAGGCGGACAAUCCAGGUUACUGGAUGUUUCACUGCCACAUCCUGAACCACCAUGAGACAGGGAUGUUCAUGUUGUUUCAAGUUGGAGACAGAGCAGACAUUCCUGCUGUACCUCAACACUUCCCCAAAUGCGGAAAUUACAUUUCUUCCAGAAGUUCUUCAAAGUCAAUCGGGUCAGGAAACUUUAAGAGACUUCUGGUGUGGCUGCAUAUCAGUACACUUGUAGUAAUAUAUUGUAUUCAUUCGACUCUAUAUAGUCUGAACUACUGACAUCAUCGUUAAAUAAAUCAGAAAUAAUAUAUUUUACU